AUGGGCAAGAGUUCGUCGCCAAAAAGCAAGAGUGGCAAAAGUUCUGGAGGCAAAGAUGGUGGCGGCGAACCGCCGGUUGAGACUGGCAUACAGACCGAACCAGAUAGCUUCUGCUACCUGUGCUGCGUAGACUUCAGUGAUGGGGCCGCCGUUCAAGCCCACACCCUCCUCAUGGACCACGAGGCCCCCUACGACAUCAGCCAUCAACACUGUCGCAAAUGCAAGGACACUGUCUUCAUGAAGUGGUCCGAGAAACACAAAUGUUGCCUUGCAAAGUCUGCUUUUCUGCGCUACAUCAGUUCCAAUGUCUCACUAGGGGGUGGUCCGCCAUAUAGGUGUCUUUUCUGUCGUAGCAGACCUCUCAAGUCGCGCAGCGAAUUAACUGUCCAUCUGCUGGCCUAUCAUCGGCCCCAGAGACAACCGGGUGUUUGUGGUUUGUGCACGUUCACAUUUCAGGAACCUCCCCAGCUUCCGCCACCAAUUCCGCCUCCCCCAGCAAAUGCGGAUGAGGCCACUCUGCGACAGUAUGACAUUAAUCUCAAGAAGGCUCUUGGAGAGCAGAUGUGCAGGUUCGAGGCAGCAGAAGUAGCCCCGGGUCUUAUGGAGCUUGACAAACACUGUGCCAAAACACAUGUCCCCGCCUACACCCUACUUCUACGGAGGGAGCUGUUGACACAGUUUCAACUGCGGGAACCCUUCGCUUGCGUGAUUUGUGGCCAAGUCUUUCAUAGCAACAUUGAGUACCAUGCGCACAUUCUCUGCCGUCACGGAACAGACGCCCCAGUCAAGGAGGGGCUUCGAAUCUGCGCCAUGUGUUCGAAGGGUGUUUGGUCGGAGGACUGCUUCAACCAGCACGUGAAACGACGUCACGAAGAGGCGAUCGCGCAGAUGGCCGAUCUAUGGACCAGCCAAGAACUGCUAAUGGAUGCUACUGAUACCAACCAAGUCUGCACAACCUGCUGGGAGGUUCUGCCCAAUCCAACCCAACUUCAAGCACACAUUCUCGUGGCCCACACCACAGACAACCCUCUCGUCUGUGGUUGGUGUCACGUAGAAUUCACCGACUGCCCAGACCCUCUGAUCGCUUUCCCGAUUUUGUUGAAUCAUGAGAAGAACCACGCACGCAUUCUACACAGACAAGCUCUCGAAUCCAAAAAGACCUUUGAACCGAUACCUGAACCACUCAAUGAGGACUUCUCCAUGGAAGCUAUUGCUGUAGAAACCACAGAAACAAAGGUUGAUACAUCCAAGUCCUCGAAGAGCAAGUCCUCGUCGAAAAAGAAGAAGUAA